AUGGCUCAGAUUGCUCCUUUGGCUUCAGACGAAGUGACGGUUGUGGUCUUCCCGUCCAAGGACGACAACGUGAACAAGACGGAGCUCGUGGAUCAGCGCCCCAGUCUCACGUACAAGCUAUUCCUGGGCCUCAUGUACACGUUGACAUCGUGCGGAUUCCUCUACGGCUGCGUGGCUGCCGUCACAUUCUUCGGAGACAUGUUCACGCUCUUGCUGGUUCUCACUCGCCAAUGA